UGCGUUUACUCCACGCGUACGCAGCACCUGCUGCAUGCCCAGCGUGCUCAUACUCAAAUGACGCCGCAACUGCGCCCUCCGUCUUAUAUCUCACAUUGACUCUAGCAACCAAGUAAUGCUUGUCGUAGGCCUCACCGGCGGGAUCGCCACUGGCAAGUCGACCGUCUCGACCCUCCUGCGCGCACAGAACAUCCCAAUCAUCGAUGCCGACGUCCUCGCGCGCCAGGUGGUCGCCCCAGGCACCCCCGCGCUCAAGCAGAUCGUCGAGCACUUUGGGCCGGACGUCCUCCGUCCGGACGGCUCGCUCGACCGUCCAAAGCUCGGCGCGAUCGUGUUCGCGGACGAGCAGCAGCGCGAGAAGUUGAAUGCGAUCGUGCACCCUGCGGUGCAGCGUGCGAUGUUCUGGGGCGUGAUGAAGUGCUGGUUGAGGGGGGAGAAGGUGUGUGUGCUCGAUGUGCCGCUCUUGAUUGAGGGCGGGCUGUGGAGGUUCGUCGGGACGGUUGUCGUUGUUUAUUGCUCGCCCGAGAUUCAGCUGCACCGGUUGAUGGCACGCGACCACUCUACGCGCGAGAGAGCCUCAUCGAGGUUCAACUCACAGCUCCCCAUCGCAGACAAGGUCGACUACGCCGACGUCGUCAUAGACAAUUCCGGCGAUUUGCGUGACCUCGAGGAGCAGGUCGACUUGCUCAUCAAGAAACUGUACAGACAGGCGGGCUACUGGUAUCUGUUCAGCUGGCUCAUACCACCCAUUGGCUUGUGCUCCGCGGCAUGGACUCUGUUGUGGAAGUCGAUUGCGCGGUCAAGACGGAGUACAUUGAGGAGGAGACAUGCAGUGGCGGAGUAACGUUAUGACAUUCGUCGCUUGUACUAUAUCCAGAUCGUCUCGUUUUCUUGUCAUAUUGCCAUUUAUCCGGUGUAUGAAGUGCAUGAACACUUGAGGAUCUACCAUAAUGAUAGCGGGUGUUUGGAGUCAUAUGCAGUUUCUCAGAUAUAUUCCUGGC